AUGGGUUUGUCUGGCCUGAUGAUCAGGAGCUGUGUGUUGCUGCUGCCCGUUCUGUGCAUCUCUCUCCUGGACUCCUUCAGUCCUGAACCCCGCCGCCCUCACACGGCCCUUCCUUUCUUCGAGGGGGAGCCGUUCAUCAUCACAUGGAACAUUCCCAACCUCACCUGCAACAGGUACAACAUCACCCUGAACACCUCGCCCUACCGGGGUGUGAGCAACCCGGCCAAGGUGCCCGGUCAGUUCCUCUCGCUGUUCUACGUGGACCGCCUGGGCCUGUACCCGUACGUGGACGAGGCCACCGGGAAGCAGUUCAACGGCGGCGUUCCGCAGCGAGGGAACCUGAGAGCCAGCCUGGCCAAAGCCGAGGACGAUGUCGAGUACUACAUCCCCUCGCGGUCGUCCGCCGGACUCGCCGUGAUCGACUGGGAGGACUGGCGUCCCCUGUGGGAGAGAAACUGGGGCUCCAAACGCAUCUACCGCUCCCUCUCGGUCACCUACGCCCGGCGGAGGGACCCCACACUGACCGCCAGGAAGGCCGUCGCCCAGGCCAAGCAGCGCUUCCAGUCCGCCGCUAAGAGCUACAUGCUGGAGACCCUCUCCCUGGGCGCCCGUCGGCGGCCCAACUACCUGUGGGGCUUCUACCUGUUCCCCAACUGCUACAACUACGGCUGGACGGAGCCGGGCUACACGGGCGAGUGCCCCAGGGAGGUGCGGCGGCAGAACAACCGGCUGCUGUGGCUCUGGGAGGCCAGCACGGCCCUCUACCCAUCCGUCUACCUGCAGGCCUCGCUGGCCGACAGUCCCGCCGCGGCGCUCAUGGUGCGCAACCGCGUCCACGAGGCCUUACGGGUGGCCGCGCUGCCCAAGCGGAGGAGCUACGCGGCGCCAGUCUACGUGUACACGCGGCCGGUGUUUGUGGAUCAGACCAAGCGACUGCUUAGCCUGGGAGACCUGGUCCACACCAUCGGGGAGAGCGCAGCCAUGGGGGCCUCAGGGGCCGUACUGUGGGGGGCAAGUGCUGACUACGAUGACAAGUUCUCUUGUGAGGCCCUAUCUGCGUAUCUCGACGACACCAUCAACCCGUACGUGGCGAAUGUCACUGCGGCUGCCAAGCUGUGCGGCGACUUCCUGUGCAAGGGGAAGGGUCGCUGCGUGAGGAGGAACUACUCCUCCCAUGAGUACUUGCACCUGAACCCUGACAGCUUCAGCAUCCAGAGGUCGGAGCUGGGAGAAUUUACAGUUGUCGGAGCACCAAGCCUCCAGGACCUGAUGGCAUUUGCCAGAGGAUUCACUUGCCAAUGCUACGCUGGACAGAACUGUGAUAGCAAACUUGUUCCAAUGAAAAAGAUUAUUGUGGAAGCUACAGCAUAG